AUGCCUUGGAUUUGGGGAGAGAUGAACCAAUUGCAUGGCAGGAUCGAUAUACAGUUUGAGGUUAAAGGGACGAAGAGGAGUGGGACAAUGAGGUUUACAAGUUUUAGACCUACGAGACAGGGAAUGUUUGAGACGACGGAGUGGAGCUUAGAGGGAGGGGAGGGGGAUGAGAAGGUCAAGAUUGAUUUGUUGGAUGGGGAGGAUCCGUUUAAGGGAAUUGAAGAUGUGGAGGAGAGGACGGCGGAGCCAGGUAGAGGAAGUUAUGCGCCCAAUUUGUCUGGGUAG